ACCAAAGCAAAGAAAUUUGUGUGGCAAUCCUCUAAACUAGCUCCGUUAGUUUGAAAAUUGGGGUGCGUCAUAUUUGAUCCAUUUUCCUUUAAAAUUUAAUCCACAGUUCACUUCAACACAACACUUUACGAAAAUUAGAAUCCAGAGAACCGCACCGUUACAAAACAAAAAAAAAAUAUUACCCCGAUUUUGAAAUUUUCUCUACCUUUAUCCUACUGUGGUAAUUGCAAAAUGGCGACGCAAGCUGUACUGAAAUACUCGGUUUCGGAACAAUCGGAACCGACAGACAUUUCACAGUUCGUUCUAGUUACGACGUACGUUCUCUAUGUUUUGUAUCACCGAUCGUUAGUUGACGAUACGUUAUCAGUCAAUCGACGUAAGCGGCUUCUAGUUUUAGUUUGUCAAUACACCAAAAGAAAUCAUGGCGGCUUUUUUCAGGCAUGGCUUUUCGAAAACCCCUGGAAUUCUAAAACCGAAAAACGUUAGUCCGAGAUGUUACGCCACGAAAGCGGAAAAACGCAAAGGGCUGGAUAGAAGGCCGACACCGAAACUGGAUCCUGUGUCCGUCUCUAUUGCGGCAAAAGGAUUUCUUCGUUCUCAAAAAUCCUACCUGCCACCCAAAACCCUGGAAGCCGACCUCCAGGAACUGUUCAAUCAAACCCUAGGCAAAACCGAGCUGAAUCUUAAAAUCUCAAAUCUCGACCAAAGAUUCAAAUUAUUCGCCGCUUGCGCUAACAAAUUCAACCACAGCAUCCCCAAUUCGCAGCUGCACCAAAUCGAGACUUUGGAGGACGUCGUCAAAUUUUAUGCGACCCCUGUGGAUACUCGCACGCCUUUGGAUAGAAUGAGGAGCAUGGAGCUUCCGGAGAAUCUUCACAUACAGUUUGAGUACCAGAGAUUUCAUCCAGAUACCGAUACGAAGUUUGGUGGUGUUACUGCCUUUCCGGAAAGCUCAACGUUGGUUACAGGGCUCAAAUACAAGGACAAAUACAAGGGGCAUACGCAAAAAAUUGAAUCUCCUGAAAUUUAGCGUGUUUUCUUUUUUCUUUGUAAAUAAAUUUAUAUUUUGAUUUUUAAAAUAUUCUUGAUAACCAUAGAGUCGUUU